UUAGCACUUUCAGCCAUGGGGCUGAGCUGUAGGUAUUUUGUGGGACUGGGGCUGCUCUGGUCCCUAAGGAUAGCCCUUGGGCAGGGGGACUUCCACAGGGUCAGCUUCUCUGUCUUGCAACAUGAGUAUGAUUGUGGAGACUAUGGGAUGCAGCUGCUGGUCUUUCCCAGCCAGGGCCGCACCGUCCGCUUCAAAGUUGUGGAUGAGUUUGGGACACCCUUUGAAGUUACCAACUGCUCCAUUUGUCUCCAUUGGGUCACAUCUGGUGAGCAAGGAGUGAUGAUCUUCUCGGCUGGCUACAAUGGCUGCCAUGUCCAUAAGAAGGAUGGGCGUAACCAGCUGCAGGUCCGAGUGGAGGAACUGCUGAGCACCAGGGCCAUUGCUGCCACCUAUGAUGUGAACAUGACCUGCCCCAAGCCCACUGAACGUGACUUCUCCCCAGAGGAGACCAUGCGCUACAUGCCGCAGCCGGGCCUGGUGCGCCCGGUGCCCCAGCCGCAGCCGGGCCUGGUGCGCCCGGUGCCCCAGCCGCAGCCGGGCCUGGUGCGCCCGGUGCCCCAGCCGCAGCCGGGCCUGGUGCGCCCGGUGCCCCAGCCGCAGCCGGGCCUGGUGCGCCCGGUGCCCCAGCCGCAGCCGGGCCUGGUGCGCCCGGUGCCCCAGCCGCAGCCGGGCCUGGUGCGCCCGGUGCCCCACAUCUCUCCUCCACCAAGCAACAUAGGUGCCCAUCUCACAGAGGAGCAGUGCCGUGUGGUGGCUGGGAAGAUUCCCUGUGCAGAUGCCCCAGGCCAAGCUGCUUGCUUCCAGGCUGGCUGCUGUUAUGAUGAGACUGACCUCACUACCCCCUGCUACUAUGGCAACACAGUCACUGUUCAGUGCCUCCUGGACGGUCACUUUGUUCUGGUGGUCUCCAGGGACGUGUCUGAUCACCCCAUCAUCCUGGAGAGUGUCCGGCUAGCCUAUGCCCAGGCAGGGUGUGACCCCAUCAGGAUGACUGAGGCUUUUGUGAUCUUCCGCUUCCCCCUCAUGCAGUGCGGCACCACAGUCCAGGUGAUCCAUGACAAACUGAUCUAUGAGAACCAGCUGAUCUCUGGCAUCGACAUCCGGACUGGGCCAGACGGCUCCAUCACCCGGGACAGCACCUUCAUCCUCCAUGCUCGCUGCAUCUACAAUGCCAGUGACUUUCUGCCAGUCCAGGUCGAGGUCUUCUUGCCCCCCACACCUGCUCCAGUCACCCAGGCAGGACCCCUCCGGCUUGAGCUGCGCAUCGCCACAGACCUGAGCUACAGAUCCUAUCUCGCGGAGAGAGACUACCCUGUGGUGAAGGUGCUCAGGGACCCUGUCUACAUGGAGGUUCGCAUCCUGCAGAGAACAGACCCAUCCCUGGUUCUCGUUCUGCACCAGUGCUGGGCCACCCCAAGCGCUAACCCCCUGCAGCAGCCGCAGUGGCCCAUCCUGGUGGACGGGUGCCCGUUCCUGGGAGACAACUACAGAACCCAGCUUGUGCCCGUGGGCCCUGCCUCAUCAGAGCUGCCCUUCCCGACUCACCACCAGCGCUUCGUCCUCUCCACCUUUGCCUUUGUGGACUCCGCUUCCCCAGUGGUGCUUGUCGGAGAGGUGUACAUUUACUGUAGCGCCUCUGCUUGCUACCCCUCCCGGCUGGAGCCCUGCAGGACCAUGUGCCCAUCAGGAGCUGCCACAAGAGGCCGCCGGUUUCUGGAUAUUGACAAUGGGACAGGAGAGCCCCAGGACCUGGUGAGUUCUCAUGGCCCUGUGAUCUUCCAGGAGAGCCCAGAGCCGUGGAGAGAACACGUCUAUGAGAACAAGGACCCUGUCUCGAGACUGGACCUGACCCUGAUGCUUCUGGCCAUGCUCUCACUGGUGGCUGUGGUUUCUCUCGUUACUGUGACACUACUCUGUAGGAGAAGCAACUGGAUGGCAAGGUCCCAAAUCUUCCAAGGCAAAUGACUGUGAAAUGGGGGGGGGGGGCAGAAAUAAAGUCUCUGGACUGCUCUAAUGUCUUGUGGUAGCAUGUGUCCCUCUGGGGGAGGGAACAGCAGUUGCUGAGGCCAGGGGUCCACUACUGGCCUUGUAGCUUUUCCCCAUUCAGCAGCAGAACAGACCUCUCUGCAGGGAUAGACACCAGAAUAGGAUGUGGCAUAGAGGACAGGAAGAAGACUGCAAGCUAGCACUAGACAAGGUAAAUCAAGUGACGUUGUCUUGUCUCCUGGGGCCCUAUGGGGGGGAGGGGUAGCCAGUCAGCCGAACUAGAGACUUUUUGGCUAAUUUUCCUGUGAAGAGCUAGAUUCUAACUCCACUGGGCACACAGUAAGAACUACUGGUUCUUGCCAAUCUACCGUGAAGUCCAUGUGAGCAAGCCCGGGGACGAGCCUAAGUCUGGUAACUAGAAACUCUCGUGUCUUCUGUGGGGGCUGUGGCCAGCCCCUAGCUUACAGGGGUGGUGAAGAUUUCCCCCUUGUGUUUAGUGACUGGGAAACCUGGUGCUUCAAGACCUUAAGCAUCCUGCCUUACAACUUAUGGGGGAGAUCCCAGCUGUAUCUUCUGCUUCUUGACACGUAGGCUAUAUCUAUGGGGCAUUCCAAAGUGUGGCUGUAGUGUGCACACACGGACGUAAAUGAGCGAGCUUUCAUCAAGCGAGUUGCAAUAACAGUAGUGGAAGCAUGGACUAUACAAGACUACCUGGGCCUCUGGGUUGCACUCCCGUGGGUAGCCUGUGCUGCUGUUGCUCUACUGCUUGAUCUGGCUAGGCCAAAGCUACCUCGGCUACAUCUACACCCUCGCCUCUGUCUACACGGCAUUCUACCCUUCUCCAUUUGCAUUAGUUUCCUUCCAUCUCACCUGGGGAAACUACAGCCCUCCAGCUCCUCUCCAAAUCCCCUUCCAACAGCUAAAAUCUUCUCUCCCACUGCUCCUACCAUGUCAACACCCUCCACCUACUGUAGAACCCACAGGGCCAGUCACGCUAACGUGGUGUAACUGUUCUAACCCCUCUACUACUACUAUCUUCUAGGGUUGCCUGCUGUGGGACCCGAUCCUGCAGACACUGAACGUGCAUGUGUAAUGACUUCAUGCAUGCAUGCAUGGAGUUAAGCACAUGCUGAGGGCAGGCCAAGCAACACAAACUUUUCAUUAAAUGUCAACUUUCAUUCUGCAGUAGGCAAAACCAAUGCCUCAAAACUCCUCAUGGAAAAAGCCGAAAGGCAUGUGUAUCCUAGAAAUGCAUGGGCACUCUCCUGAGAU